AUGAAUCUGGGAGGUAAGAACAUUCUAGUAACAGGAGGAGGAGCCGGUAUAGGUAGAGGAGUUGUGACGUCACUCUCUUCUCACGGAGCCAAUGUCUACGUCAUCAGCAGGAGUCAGGCUAACCUGGACACUUUGUUGAGGGAGUGUAGUCACAAUGUAGUCACUAAGACUCUGGAUAUUACUGAGUAUGAGGCUGUUAGAGACUACAUUUUAUCUCUACCUCCUCUGGACGGACUCGUUAACAAUGCUGCUACUGCCGUUAUCAGACCUUUCCUGGAAAUUACCACUUCUGAUUUCGAUGCUCAGAUGGAUGUAAAUGUAAAAGGAAACUACUUUGUGGCCCAGGCAGCUGCUCAGAAUAUGGUUAAUAACAAAAAGGCUGGUUCCAUAGUUCAUGUGUCAUCCCAAGCGUCCCAAGCUGCUUUACAGGACCAUUCCUUAUAUGGAAUGUCAAAAGCAGCGCUAGAUAAUCUAGCUAAGAAUAUGGCCCUAGAGUUGGGGAGUCAUGGUAUCAGAGUAAACUGUGUAAAUCCAACUGUAGUUAUGACAGAUAUGGGGAGAGUUGGCUGGUCUGAUCCGGCAAAAGCUGGUCCCAUGCUGAGUAAAAUACCUCUGGGAAGAUUUGCUGAAAUUGAGGAGGUUGUCGGUCCGAUUCUAUUUUUAUUGAGUGAUAGCUCUUCAAUGGUAAAUGGAACUACACUUCCUAUUGAUGGAGGCUUCCUUGCCAUGUAAAUUGUUAAAGUGAUACCAUUAAUAAUUCAUUGUGGUCAUUAUUUUUAUCUAGUAGUGAUCGACACUGAAGUCAUGACAUUUUCAUGUUUCCGUUGCAGAUGGUUUUUUAAAACAUCCGUUAAUUUUUGUAACUGUAUAUGAGUUUUUAUUUAUAAAUCGGGUAAAUUUUAUAUCUCAUGAAACGAUUUCGAGAACUUGCUUUUAAAAUUUACAGGAUUUUUACUUUAAUUAAUUUUCAGUCGUCUUGACAACUA